CAGGAGACCAGAGUAUGGGUGGCUGUACACACAGCACCCAGGACCAAGCUCUCCACUCGGAAGGAGAACCCAAUCCUUCUGCAGCCCCAACAUCCAGCUUAGCAUCUAGGAAAAUGCCAAAAAGCGUUUCAAUAUCCAAACAACUAGCUUCAAUAAAAGCUCUGAGGAAGGGCUCAGAUCUGGAAAAAGCCAUUGCCACUGCUGCUCUGAUUUUUAGAAACUCUUCUGACCCUGAUGGUAAACUUGGGAAACCUACUGCCAAAACUCUGCUGCAGACUCAAUUCAGGAAUUUCACAGAGGGACAAGAAACCAAGCCACAAUAUAGAGAGAUCCUUUCUGAACUUGAUGAACACAUCGAAAAUAAGCUUGAUUUUGAGGACUUUAUGAUCUUGCUCUUAAGCAUCACUGUCAUGUCAGAUCUGCUGCAAAAUAUAUGGGUGUACAAAUUAUGAAAUAAACAGCUUUAAAUAUAUGGUUGGCUAAAACAAUGACAAAAGAUGGUGUUAAAUGAAUAUACUGAUCAUGCAUCUGGGAUUGCCUAGCAUGGUUCUGAUUGCUAAUAUUCAGACCCAAUAUAACUUCAAAAGUUUACACAUGCUUUUCAGGAAUGUUUAAAUAAUAUGGUCUCUGGGUACUUCAUAAUAUGAUAGAUUUGAUGCCACUGAAUAUCAAAUUGCUUUUGCUGAGUCAAUGGUGACAUAGAGCACUCUACCUAGAGCUAGAGUCAGUGAGGCACUCAUUCAGUCAUUCAUUCAUUAAAUUUUUGUUGAGCAUCUACUUGCUGGUACUGCUGAGGAUACAGUAAUGAACUGGCCAGACAAUCCCUUCCCUCAGACAUGCUUGCAGAAGUCUAGCAGAAGAGACGAACAUUGCACAAUUUUUAAUCAAUUGCAUAUACUGUUUAGUUAUAAUCAAUAUAAGGGCUAUAGGAUGCUAAGACAUUAUUACCUGAUGUGGGUUCAUAGGUCAGAGAAGCUUUACUGACAUUCAAUAAAAGGCUUAAAACCAAAUCCAUGGCUGCAAGACAUAUGGGUGGAAAGUAGGAUUGUCCACAAAUGGACACAAGGAAACUUUUGAAAGGGAUGGAAAUGUUCCCUAUGUUAGUUGUGGUGGUGGUUACAUGACUACAUGCAUUUGUCAAACUCUUAGAACUGCACACAAAAAAAGGGUGAAUUUUACUGUAUGUAAAUUAUACCUGAAUAAAUCUGACUUGACAAAAAAA